UCAGAAUGGAAGAAUGUAUCUGCCUCCUAUUUGAUGGGAUUCAGAGCUAAGAUGGCUGACUAAAUAAACAUGGGGAACUGGAAUUUCCUUGGAGGCAUCCUGGAGGAAGUUCACAUCCACUCCACCAUAAUUGGAAAGAUCUGGCUCACUAUCCUGUUCAUAUUUCGAAUGCUUGUUCUGGGUGUAGCAGCUGAAGAUGUCUGGAACGACGAGCAGUCUGGCUUCAUCUGUAAUACAGAACAACCCGGCUGCAGAAAUGUAUGCUAUGACCAGGCCUUUCCCAUCUCCCUCAUUAGAUACUGGAUCUUGCAGGUAAUAUUUGUGUCUUCACCAUCCCUGGUCUAUAUGGGCCAUGCUUUGUACCGACUGAAAGUUCUGGAGAAAGAGAGGCAGAGGAAGAAAGCUCAGCUGAGAGGGGCACUGAAGGGGAUGGAGUGUGAAAUGCCCUGGGACAGGAGGAGACUGGAGCAAGAACUUUGUCAGCUGGAACAAAGGAAACUAAGCAAAGCCCCACUCAGGGGGACCUUGCUUUGCACUUACGUGAUACACAUUUUCACUCGCUCUGUGGUAGAGGUUGGGUUCAUGAUUGGACAGUACCUUUUGUAUGGAUUUCAUUUAGAGCCUUUAUUUAAAUGCCACAGCCACCCAUGUCCAAAUAUAAUUGAUUGUUUUGUCUCAAGACCAACAGAAAAGACAAUAUUCCUGUUAUUUAUGCAGUCUAUAGCCACCGUUUCACUUUUCUUAAAUAUUCUAGAAAUUUUCCACCUAGGUUUUAAAAAGAUUAAAAGAGGGCUUUGGGGACGAUAUAAACUGAAGGAUGAGCACAAUGAAUUCUUUGUGAACAAGUCAAAACAAAAUCUUGCCAAAUAUCAGAGCACAUCUGCAAAUUCACUGAAGAGACUCUCUCCUGCACCUGAUUAUUAUUUGUUGAUGGAAAAGCAAACACACACAGCAGUGUGCCCUAGUUUAAAUUCACCUGCAUUUCAGGCAGAUCCUGACCAUCACAAUGGAAAUGAUGAGAAAUGCAUUUUGGAUGGGCAAGAAACUGUACUUUCUAAUGAGAUGUGCACACUUAGCGCAACCUGUAGUCACCUUCAACACAUCAGCUCAUGUAAUAAUGAAGACAGUCGCAAAAUAUUUAGAAAAGAAGUGGGUAACCCAUUAAAGGGAAAGAAAGAAAUCGAUGGCAAAGACAGCAAAAGGAACCACUACUCUAGAGGUCAAGGUUCUAUUCCAGGUGUUGCUAUAGAUCCAGACGACCACGUGGGACAGUCGCCUCAAACAGCUUUCUCUCUGCCAGCUAACUGUGCUUGGAAACGGAGGUGGCUUAGUGCUACAUGGGGUCCCUCUACAGAAGGUGAAAAUCGGACGUCACCUCUUAAAGGAAACCUCAAGGGCCAUUUCAGAGAGGGCACAAACAGAACCCUUCCUCCUUCCCAGGGAGACUGUCUGGACAUUCCAGACACUCCUGAUUCUUCGGGACGGUUGUCCUUAGAAUCUGAUUUGAUCAGAAGCUGCAAUAAUUCUACUGCUUGCCCUCCAAAUCAUUUAGCGCUGCUGACAAACAACCUCAUCGGUAGGCGGGCUCCCACAGACCUUCAGAUCUGAACAGCUGUUGACUUCUAGACAUCUUGCAUAUUAUAGUACCCUAGCGUGGUGGUGGUGGUGGAGCAGGCAAAACAAAUAAGGGCAGCUCUAAAGACGAGCUGUUUAGGCAGACAAUUGCAAACCUACUUCAAAAAGGAAAAACACAUUAAUUCUAAAUGGUGAUGGGGCAGUUUUAAAUUCAAGGAGGGCUACCGGAUCAGGAUUACUUUUUUUCACAGGCUCCCUUCAGAAUUCGUGAAAACUGAUUCCGGGAACGUCACGUUAAGAAUCCAGGCUUAAUGGUUUGGAACUACGUUUUUCCUUGAUGGGAGCAGAGCCUUAGGAGACUAUACUGAUUCUACAUAAGUCUCCCUUUUAGUUACUAAUCUUUUAUUUCUGGACAAUGGUUAAAUUGUUUGUCCCUGGGACUUAAUUUCGUUUCCUUAUAUAGACUGCAACCUGAUGUCUCUUGAGUAUAAUCAAAAUGUUGCUAUCUAGUAAAUAAAAUUUUAAAAUGAUUGGUGGCUUUAAAACAUCGUGAUUCAGUGUCCAGAUUGGAGUUGUAUCUCUACACUCCCUAGUCCUCUAACCUCGACACUUUACUAACUGUAGCUACCUUACAGGGAUAGUGUGAGAAUUAAAAUAAGAAACGUUGUGUUUAGUACAGUACCAGGCACACAGAAAGAGCUCAAAAGGCCUAUUAUUAGCACGUUACUGCUCACCCUCCA